GCGACGAGUUCCGGAAAGGGGACGAGCAGCCAAUAUGGCGGCGGAGCGCGGCGCAGGGCAGCAACAGUCGCAGGAGAUGAUGGAGGUCGACAGGAGAGUGGAAUCGGAGGAGUCGGGCGAUGAGGAGGGGAAGAGGCACAGCAGUGGCAUCGUGGCGGACCUCAGCCAGCAGAGCCUGAAAGAUGGGGAGGAGCGGGGCGAGGAGGACCCGGAAGAGGAACGUGAGCUGGCUGUGGACAUGGAGACCAUUAACCUGGACAGAGACGCAGAGGACGUGGACCUGAACCACUAUCGCAUCGGGAAGAUCGAAGGCUUCGGGGUGCUGAAGAAGGUGAAGACUCUCUGCCUGCGUCAGAACCUCAUUAAGUGCAUCGAGAACCUGGAGGAGCUGCAGAGUCUUCGAGAACUGGAUCUCUAUGACAACCAGAUCAGGAAGAUCGAGAACCUGGAGUCCCUGGCAGAGCUGGAAAUUCUAGAUAUUUCUUUUAAUCUGCUGAGAAACAUCGAAGGGAUUGACAAAUUGACACGACUGAAAAAACUCUUCUUGGUCAACAACAAAAUCACCAAGAUUGAGAACGUCAGCACCCUGCAUCAGCUGCAGAUGCUAGAGCUGGGGUCAAACCGCAUCCGGGCAAUUGAAAAUAUCGACACAUUAACCAAUCUGGAGAGUCUGUUUUUGGGGAAAAACAAAAUCACUAAACUGCAGAACCUGGACGCACUUACCAACCUGACCGUCCUCAGCAUGCAGAGCAACCGGCUGACCAAGAUCGAGGGUCUGCAGAGCCUGGUGAACCUGCGCGAGCUGUACCUCAGCCACAACGGCAUCGAGGUCAUCGAGGGCCUGGACAACAACAACAAACUCACAAUGUUGGACAUUGCAUCAAAUAGAAUCAAGAAGAUUGAAAAUGUCAGCCACCUCACAGAGCUGCAGGAAUUCUGGAUGAACGACAACCUCCUGGACAGCUGGAGCGACCUGGACGAGCUGAAGGGGGCCAGGAGCCUGGAGACGGUGUACCUGGAGCGGAACCCCCUGCAGAAGGACCCCCAGUACCGGCGCAAGGUCAUGCUGGCCCUCCCCUCUGUGCGGCAGAUCGACGCCACCUUCGUCAGGUUCUGAGGCUGCGCCCGCGGCUGCUCCCUCUGUCCUCGGAGAGCGUCCCGGCCACGGCUUUUUAAUCACCUGUUGCUCCUGCAGUCGUCACCACAUCGCGUCACAAACCCAGUGGCAAUGAGAAGGCGCUGACGCCCACGGGCGUGGAGAUGCCCCACUAUUAAACCUUGCCACAGUC